CCCCCGCGUGCUGCUGUAGGUGGACUGAUACUAAUUUGUGGCCAAAGUAGUAGAUUCCAUCUUUCAGCUAGAGAAAUUCCGGGACUUAGGUGGCUUUCUCAGAAGUUCAAUUUGUUAAUCCUGUCCUAUUUUAAUCCACAGUAAAUGACUUACUGGAAUUAAACCCUGCUCAAAUGCUCGUCUUGUUUCUUGUUUAUUGAAUUUUUUUUUCGCCCUGAUACACAUUAAUAUGGUAGAUUGCUGCUUUGUUGAUCAGCUGGAAGGAAGGAAAGAAGGCUUGAUUUUUUCCCUUCUCAUAUUUUGGGUAUUCUAAAUAAGUGAUAGCCGAGAUGGCUUAUGCUGCUGUUACUUGUCUUAUUGAGACACUAGAGCAUCUGCUGCGUUCCCCUUCUCUAAUUUUUGGAAUUAAGAGUUUGCAGAUCGAGAUUGAUGAGCGUACUGCUAGAAGAAUGAAGAGAUUGCAGCUGACAAUGGGUAAACGCCCUGCACGAAUAAAAUCAGCAGAAGCUUCAGUGCCUCCCGGUGCCUUAACAGCGUUCUGGAAUAUGACAAAAGAGAUGCUGACCAUCAACCAUACUUCACUCUGGAAAUAUCUAUCCAUAUUUUCUUUGUAUCCUGAAGCAGGGCCAGUGAAAAGGUUUUUAAUAGGUUUGGGAGAGUACUUGGGUUUACUGAGCUACGUCUGAUGCAUGGUGAAUCCUUACAUUCUGAAAGGAAAUCUAAACGCUUUUUCCUGGUAAGCAAGUCUCAAUUUUUUUCCUGUAGAUUGAUCACAAAAAUAGUACUUCUUUGUGAGCAGCUUAUAUUCUUAUUGGCUGCUCUGGAGGAUUCUACGCAUACUUGCAAUGACCAUGAAUUGUUGAAACAUCUGGAAGGACGCCUUAUUGAUUUGGCUCAUAGAACAGAGGAUUUUAUUGAAGAAUCUAUGUUUGAUAGUUCAGUUGAGACAAAGAUGUUGAACUUUAUCAUUUAUGUGUCUCAAGUUGAUUGUAACAUUUUAGUAGGUAGGGUUGAUUUUGAGGCAGAGGUUCAAAAAAUUUGUGACAAGAAGUAUGGCAUACACCAUUGUUUGCGGCAGACGGUGGAAGAUAUUGUUGACAUUAGAGAGGAGAUGAGAAAGAUCAACGAUACACUGGUAAAUGGAAACCUGAAAUUAGGAGAUACUUUGAAUGAUGAUGCACCUCAAAGUCCUCCAGCUCAGAAGAAUGAGGCCGUUGGCCUAGAUGAUGAUUUGAUGUUAAUGUCAGAGAGACUCUCAAGAGUACCAUCCAGACUAGAGGUUGUCACAAUUGUUGGGAUGGGUGGCAUUGGUAAAACAACUCUUGCUAGGAAGAUAUUUGAUGACCCUUCAACCAUUUGUAAUUUUCAUGCUUGUGCCUGGGUCCAGGUGUCACAGGUUUAUAGACUAAGGAAUUUGUUGCUAGGGCUAUUAAAAUGUGUUACCCAGCUCAAAGAUGAAAAUUGUGCAAAGAGCAAUGAGGAACUAGCUGAACACCUGUAUAGAAGUCUGAAGGGUAAGAGAUAUCUUAUUGUCAUUGAUGAUGUUUGGAGUACUAGGACUUGGGAUGAUGUCAAAAGAAUUUUUCCAGAUGACAAAAAUGCGAGUAGAAUAGUAUUGACUACUCGGGUUGGGGAAGUGGCUGAUUAUGUGAACUCUAAAAGUGCUUCUCAUCGUAUGCGCCUUCUAGACAUAGAUCAAAGUUGGGACCUGUUGCAAAAGAAGGUUUUUGGAAGCCAAAGUUGCAAUCUUGAAUUCGUGGAUAUUGGAAAAGAAAUAGCCAGAAAGUGCCAGGGUUUACCUUUAGCAAUAGUCGUUGUAGCUGGUCUUCUUUCCAAAAUCAGGAGAACACGUGAUUGCUGGGAGGGUAUUGCCGGUAGUGUAAGCUCACUUGUAAGUAGUGGUCCAGAACAGUGCUUGGAAAUACUGGCUUUAAGCUAUAAUCACUUGCCUCAGCACCUGAAAGCUUGCUUCCUCUAUAUGGGAGCGUUCCCAGAAGACAGUGAGAUUGAAGUUGAGAAAUUGAUUGCUCUAUGGGUUGCUGAAGGCUUCUUGGAUAAGAAGGAUUCCCUUAGUGCAGAAAGGGUUGCUGAAGAUUAUUUGGAGGAUCUUAUUGACAGAAGUUUAGUUCUGAUAGGAAAGAGGAGAUUCAAUGGGAAAGUCAAAACAUGCUACCUCCAUGAUCUCCUUCGAGAGUUGUGCUUGAGAGAAGCUCAGAAAGAAAAGUUUCUAUUCGUGAUAGAUAGACGAGCUCAAAGUUUCCUUUCUGGUAUAAAGAAUCAACGUCGUCUCAGCAUCCACUUGGACUUUCAUGCUGAUUUGCAACUUAUUCCUUCUGUUACACUAGUCAGAUCUUUUCUGUGUUUCAGUUUGGGCUCUUCCUUUGUGCCAAUGUUUAUCUCAAGCUUCAAAUUGCUCAGAGUAUUGGACAUAAUUUUCCUUUCUUCCAAGUAUUUCCCACUUGAAAUACUAGACCUUGUUCACUUGAGAUACCUGGCGCUUACUGCUACUUAUGAGCUUCCAGCAUCAAUAUCUAAACUCAGGAGCCUUCAGACCCUUGUUAUCCAUGGUCCCUGGAUCAACAGAAAUCAGGGAGAAAGCCCAACUCUGUUAUUUGAAUACUGGAUAAUGCCAUGGUUAAGGCAUCUGCAUAUCAGCAUGCCCUGUUAUUUGAGUAAUCCUUUUGAUCCAUCUCGCUGUCCCUUGGCUCCACGAUACCUACAGACACUGUCCACGAUAAGGUUUGCUAGUUGCACAAGUGAUGUUUUUCUGGUAAUGCCUUAUCUUAGGAAACUUGGAAUUUGUGAAACCAAAGAAGAUUUCAUUACUGAUAUGUUCUGCAGAUGGCUCAAAAAUCUUGCCAACUUGCAGUACCUUGAAGCAUUGAAGUGUUCCUUCUAUAAACAAAAUGCAGAAGCACCUAGAAUUUUGCGUCCAAGCGUUCUCCAUUUCCCUUUGACUCUCAAGAAAUUAACUUUAAGUUGGAGCUACUUGCCAUGGAAAGAUAUUGCAUGUAUUGCCAUGUUGCCUAACCUUGAAGUGCUCAAACUGAAAAAUUAUGCUUUCCAAGGACCAGAUUGGGAGCCAACUGAAGAGGCAUUUCGUCGGCUAAAGCACUUUCUAAUUGACAGCACCAAUCUAGAGAACUGGGAAGCCUCGAGCGAUAACUUUCCCUGCCUUGAGCACCUGGUCUUGCGGGGUUGCAAGUUCCUAAAGGGAAUCCCAGCUGGAAUUGAGGAAAUUAAUACUCUUCAGAGAUUUGAGUUGCAUUACUGUAGUGAAUCUGCUGAGAUAUCUGCUAAAGGUAUUGAAGUUGAAGGUCUUGAUGUUGUUAUCAAAAGUGAAAUGUAAGUUAUGAAUGUAUGUAACAGUGUAUAUAAACCAAUCUCAAGAGCCUUGUUCUCUUGUUUUAUGAUCCCUUUAGAAAACCAUUUCUUCGA